UUCUUUGUGGAAGUUUCGCGCACGAGUUAUAUCUAUUACUCGAUAAGAAUCAAGCAUAAGCAUCAAAUAUCAAAAGGUUAAGAAGUGAUUCAUCGUUGAUUCAAAGAUCCACAAACGAGUCAUAGAUUUCGUCGAUAACAAUAAGUGCUUACAUUUUUUUGUGCAACAAUGGAAACAUGCUUUCUUUUUAAUCUGUGUCGUCAAUAACUGAUUGCAUAACAAAAGGGUUUGAUGUGCAGCAGCGUUCUUUGCAAUCGGAAUGAAAACCGCCGACAAGAAAACAAACACUCGCCUCGUACUAAAUAUAACACAUGUACCUUAACAAAAAUGACGCUGAAUUGUAUUGAAUAAUGCGCGCUUUGAGUUGCGUUGAUUUUUUUUACGUUUUGAUUAUUUCUCCACUGCACGAAGAACUUAAACAUUAAUUUUUGUCAUAUUAUUUCUCGCGUAAAAACCUAAUGUCGUGAUAAAUUCGCAAAUUUCAAAUAAGGCUUGUGCAAAUGUACGAUAUGCGCGCGCCGGACGGUAGACCCGGUGGUUAUAAUAGACCAGGAAGGACGUUUGAAGAUGAACUCAAUCUGCGAUAUCUGUCACCUGGUGCAUUUACUGUCCUAUCCCCCGAGGAGAAUGGAUCACCACCGGAUCCACCACCAGCACCACAACAAUUUAGAUUAAGUCCAAAUGCAAAUGUUAGAAGAAAUAAAAACCAAUCAUUUUCAAUCAUCGCGGAGCCCGCCAAUUAUGAACCAUCCCGAAGCCCAUCGCCGACUUCCGGUCGCGUCAGCCCAUUCCGUGGUCGCGGAUUCAAUCCCACCGGAUCGCGGCAUGCGUCCCCAGCUGGAUCACCACCUCCACCUCCAGAAGACAAUCGAUUAUCUUACCAGCAAAACAACAACAAUGCUAGCAGUAGGAAAAGGUCCAAUAUACCGCAGCUGAAACGUCACAACAGUUCUACAAUGCUCAGCACUGAAGAAAGUAGUGAUUCAUCACCAAAACACCAACGAAGGAAUAGUCUGCUCAAACCACAGUUGAGUAGAAGUUUGAACAACAUUGGACCGCGAGUUUCUAACAAACCACCAACCGCACCCGGAAACCGUCGUCCUGGUGGGAUAUACUCGAGGAACUCAUCAUUCUCACGUCUCUCACCAAUCAUCGGCAGUUCCCCGGAACCCAGCACAGAUUCGAAGAGUCAGUCUUCCCCUUCACGCAUACCCAUGUCUAGAAGUUCACCCUCGAGCCGCAAACAUUCGCCUGAUAACGACAAGUCAUCACAUCACGGUAGUGCUACCAACCUCAACAACAAACAUUUGAGUGCAAGCAAUGCGGGCCUCUCACGAAGUCGCAGCCGUGUAGGUUCACAAGCAACUUCGAGGAAUGCGUCGAGAAAUGCAUCGAGAAAUCAAAGCAGAGAGGCGUCACCUUCGGGUAAACCGCCAAUUUCACCAACGAAGAUCCCCACGAAAAACUAUCGCAACGUUCAGGCGAAGGUCAACAGUUUUAAUGCCAAAUCGAAAACGAAAGUGCCUAAUACUAACGCUAGUUCACAUUCAUCAACGAGCAAUAAUCACAGUACCAAUAGAUUGAAACCAUCCGAUAAAAACCGCAGCAAAUCAAGCAGCAAUUCUAAACUAAACAGGACUGAGAGUAUAACUAGUGUUUCUAAAUCAUCAAGUUUUGCAAAAAAAUCCGCCAACAAUAAUAACACAAAUAAAAACAAUAAUAAUAACAAUAGUAGUUCCACUGUUAAUGGAAAUAGUAAUAAAACUAGUGCUACAACCAACUCUAAUAACAAUAGUAAUAAUAAUAAUACAAAUGGUGAUGCAGCAAAGUCCCCCGAGAAGAAGUUUCUAAAGAAAACACCCAGCACACGCAGUUUAACUAAAAAAGCAACAGAUAGUGAUUCAUCCAGCAGUACAACCAAUGGAUCAUCCUCAUCACCAACUAAAAAGGUUGAACCUUUACCAAAAAUCACAGAGAUGCUCCCACCGGCGACAGUGUUGUCCACCACAACUGACACAGUAACGAAACCGUUGAAAAUUGAGGCGACAAUCGAUACACCCCUGAAAACCAGUGCUUCCGCGACGAAUAUUCUGACAAAGCCCAUCAAAGAAACGCCAAUGUACAUGGACGAAGGUAGGGUGCUGAGUGCUAAAAGCGUCACGAGCGCAAUAGAAAGAAUGAACGAUACUGUUCUAGAUGCGGAGACGCUGCUCAAGGAUCAUAAUAUGUCGAAGUUGUCGCCGGCGGCCACGGCGAUUAUAUCGCUAUCGAGUGAACCGCCGCCGCAGCAGAGCCAAACGAGGACGCUGCCGAGCGUGGAGACAACCACAACCACGACCACGUCGGCGGUGACGGCGGGCGGCGUCACGCACGUGACGAUAGGAAACAAUGGCCAAAGUGUAAAUAGUAGUACGUUAGUUGUCAAUAGCAAUGGUGGCGUGGGCGGGCCACACGUGGCGAAGAAUAACAUUAAUAAACUGAUAUCGCCGGAUGAUAGUUUCGGCGCGCGUGUGCACUAUGAGAACAGUGGGACUGUAUUGCACCAAGAGGUUCAGCCGAUUAAAAUCAUGGUGCAGGAGAAGGGUCAGAACAUGGAGGUGCAGAGUGGUAAUGUGCGGUUUCCACCAAACGCCACCAAUGGUACAGCUCAAGGUGCAGGGGCCCCGCCACAUCCCAGAGAAGAGGAGCCACCAGCAGAAGAGGUCCCAACAUCAAGGUGCGGUCGUUUCAUGCACAAAUUCAAACAAAAAAUGUGCUGCGCUUGUUGCAAAAAAUCAGACAAAGCGGACCCAACCCAAGAUAAACCACAAAAUCAAGGUUGUUUUGCAUGUCUCAAAAAGAAGAAACUGCACGACGUGGAGGAAAUCAUCAUCAGUUCCGCCGAAGAAGUCGAAGGUGCUAAGAAGUCCUUCAUGGACAAAUUGAAGUGCUGCAGUUGCAGGAGAAGCAAUAAAGUUGGUGACUCCACAACGGGUUGCUGUGGGUUAGGCAAGAAGAAAGAGAAAUGGACUGAAAGAAGGGAUAGUAUUCUAAGCGCACCUGUCCCACUAACAGCAGGGGACCGAUGUAAGAACUUCUUCAAAUUCCUAUUUUGUUGUGGCUGUGGAUGUGCGGGAUGUCGUUGCUGCAGAAAAACACCAGCAGCUCCAAAAAUUGACGACGCAGCAUCUCGUCGAGCUUCUCUGCUAUCCAAAAAGAAGAGUCUAACACCAACGGUUAUACCACAAGAGGAUCCUAAGAACAAACUGGAUAGCAGCCUGGUUGAAUACACCUCAACAAUGAAGGCGGCCAUUCCGGUUUUGCCUAUCGCGUUGGCAUACUUUUGUUUAUUCUUCAACAUUUUUGCACCCGGAACAGGAACGGUUUUCAGUGGAUUGUUUUGUUUGUGCAUGGGUAAACCACGCUUUUCACAAAGAGAUGAUCCCAAAUCAAGAGUGGGAUCAUUUAUAAUCAACGUAUUUAUCGGCGCUGGGCAAUUAUUUACGGUUUUGUUUUGUCUCGUCGGAUGGGGCUGGUCAAUAUGGUGGGGAGUCAUAAUGAUCAAAGUUGCCAAAAAAUAUCGGAAAAUUAAAAUCCUCGAAAAGAGAAUGGAGGCGCAACAAGAAAAAGAAGCAGCGGGCAGUCGUAGUAAAGAAGGCAGUCAAAAACGAGACGUCGAAAAGGGCCGCUCCUGAGGACUAAACGGCCAGCAAAAAAUGGCCAGGAGUAUAUCGUUAGUUGUACAAGAUUGUUCGGAGUGAAAGUUUGAUUGGCCACCAAUACAAAAAAACACCUAUACGGAAAUUAAUCAAGAGAUACUUUUUGUAGGCAACUUAAAUUAGUUAUGUUAUGUUAUAAACAAUUUGAGAACCAAAAUCAAACAUAUCUUCCUAGAGCAUUUCUAUAGUUUAAAUAUUGUUGAAUUUAUAAUUACUAAAUAUAAUCACAUACACCUAUAUUUUGUACUGAACUAGUAUUGAAGCGGGUGAAGGAUAUCGAAUACGCUAAGUUAAAUUUCUAGGUGAGAAAUUAGGUUAUCUACGAAAUAGAUAUAUUCAUGACCUUACAUUAUAUAAAUAGAUAGGUAGCUAAGGAUGGCGAAACAAACAAACCGAUACUUGUAUAAAUUACGCACAGCAAGCAGAUGCAAUUAAAAUCAGCGUUACAGAUUCUAAACAAUUACGAGAUUGACUUUUGUGAAGCAAUUCUUGCAAAUUUUGUAAAUCUCUAUAUAUGUACAGAUCACAUUUUAAACAUCUAAAUACUAUUUGUAGCAAGUACAUUUUAUAAAUGAGUUAAUCAAUAUAUAAAAUAUGACAACCUACUAGCCUCCGUAUAACUACGAAUAUGUACUAAUAUCGGUGAAGAUGCUAAUGUAUAAUUUGUUACUACAGGUGAAAUGUAAAUCAUAAAUAAAUUAAUUUUGCAUUA